UAAAAUAUCCACAGUGUGUGAGUUAGAACCAUAGAUCAGCAGAGCUAUUACAUGAAGAGCAGUAAAAAUAACAUUAUCUGGGUGGACUAUACUGACUAUAGUUCUUAAAUGUCCUAGAGUUGGAUAAUAGAGAUGACAAUUAAGAUCAAAUGACUACAUAUUUACAAAUCAGUGAGUAUUGCUGGGAAUUAUGUCAACCUUGUUUUGGUUAUCAGAGAUGAUCUGAGUUAUGACUGGUGAUUACUGACUGUAAUUUCAACCAGGCAAGUUAGAACAUCUGUCUACAGCUCAGUGAUAUUAAUCCAGAUGUGCAAUACAUUAGAUGAGAGACACAAGACAAUGUGAGGAGAUAGUAUAUGUAUAAGUAUUGAAUGGGCCUUCUCUGGGGUCUGAAAUAAGAUGUGAAUGAAUUAGCCUGAUCAAUAUAUAUUAUAUGUUUCACAGAUUUGCAAGUCAUGCCCAUCUGAUGGGUUUUUGGAAGCAAAUAGAACCAGCCGCCCUCAAUAUUAUACGAGUUACAAGGGCACAGAGCGUCACAAAGACUGAUCAAGUCCCUCACUCUGCCAGUGCAACGGUCCUUCAACCAAUUGAUGAGUUCUUCCUGUUCAUGAACUACCUGUCAUUGGGACUGAUGCAAAAGGAUUUGGCCCACAGAUUUAGAAUACAUCAGUCAACUGUGAGUCGCAUUGUUAACACCUGGGCCAACUUCCUUUAUACUGUAUUGGGAGCUGUGAAUAUUUGGCUAGAUGAAGACACUGUGAAAGCUCACCUCCCAGAAGUGUUUCAGGACUACGCUGACACUCAAGUCAUUUUAGAUUGCACAGAACUGCGAUGUCAAACCCCAAACUCCCUUCUCCUCCAGAGCGAGGUGUUUUCCACUUAUAAAUCACACUGCACAUUCAAAGGGUUGAUUGGGAUAGCCCCUCAUGGUGCAGUGACCUUUGUGUCAUCUCUUUAUCAAGGUGCCACCGGUGAUAAAGAGAUCUUAAAGCAGUCUGGCAUUGUGGCCCUCCUUAAACCAUCUAUGGCUAUCAUGGUGGACAAGGGUUUCCUUGUGGAAGACUGUGUACCAUGCAAAGUCCAUAUACCCACGUUUCUGUCGAAGAGAGCUCAACUGUCUAGGUCAGAGAUCAGAAAGACACAGUCUAUUGCAAGACUGAGAGUCCAUGUAGAGCGUGUGAUUCACAGAGUCAAAGAACAUAAAAUAUUCAGCACAGUGAUUCCUCUUUCAAUCACAGGCAGCAUAAAUCAACUUUUUGCUGUUGCCUGUCUUUUGGUGAAUUAUCAAAAUGGUCCCUUGGUGAAAGCCUGGGCAAGCAAUUGCUAAUCUCAAUCCAGGAUUAGAAAGAUGAUAAAAUAAUGUGUAUAGUUCUUAUCUGUGUAGAGACUUGCAUCUCUAACAUCAAAAAGAUCCCUUUAGGUCAUGCACUGCACUGUAAAUAUACAGGUCCUUCUCAAAAUAUUAGCAUAUUGUGAUAAAGUUCAUUAUUUUUUAUAAUGUAAUGAUGAAAAUUUAACAUUCAUAUAUUUUAGA